AUGGUUCUCGUUACCACCUAUUGGAUACUUCCUUUUAUUUGCAUCUGCAACAACAAGCAACAACUUGUAUAUCUUUUGGUGUCGCCAAGCUUGAUCUCGUCUCAGUUUGGUUCUAGUUGUCGACAAUCCUUUCGAUGGAUAUCCCACUAUACGCAUGCCUGUUGUCGGUGGACCAUAUCAGCACAAGCAACAAAGUUCCUAUCUUUAUUGUCAACAGCAUUUACUCGAUCAUCUGGUGGUUCUCGUUAUUUGGCCAAUUGA